AUGCUGGGCAAGACAGGCGUCAGGCCAUGGGCCGCUGUAUCUGUAUCUAGUGUGACCAGACGGACAAUGCUCGCUGCACCGCUCUCCGCUAGACAUCUCUCUACAGUCACAACGAGGAAGUUCCUCCAAUCAAAGUCGCGGAGUCCGACACAAAAUGCUCCUGGGCUUUUAAUGACAUCCUCCUGGAGCUCUGUUGUCGUCCAGUUCGCGGGACUAGCAAAUCCCCGUUUCAAUUCCACUACGACAAACCCCAGCUCGACCAGUGCUCCCUCAUCUCUCAAUUCCAUAGAUACCGUAAACCCCCCGUUAUCAAGUGAUGUUGAGUCAAUUGAUUCCCUUUCUGCGGCCGACCUUGUGAGCGUCGACAUUUCCCAGAUUCCUGAAACGCUAGGCUAUCUAAAGGCGAUAGGCCUAGAUUAUGGCUGGGGCCCCUCACGAUUAAUAGAAACAAUUUUGGAAUCGCUACAUAUCCAUGGAGGAUUGCCGUGGGUGGGUGCUACGAUAACGACUGCGGUCCUGCUACGUGUGGCCAUGUUGAAAUUCGCCAUUGAUGCGUCUGAUACAUCGGCCAAGGUAGCAAGCGUGAAGCACCUAACUCAACCAAUCCAGGAGGAGGUUAAACGAUGCUAUAGAGAAAACGAUACUAUUGGGAUGCAGCGUGCACUAAGUACACGGAGGAUUAUUAAUGAAAAUUACAACAUCAAGUUGAUGAAGCUGGCGUAUCCGAUGAUACAGAUUCCCCUCAAUUUUGGAGCCUUCAGAGUCUUGCGGGGCAUGUCUGCUUUGCCUGUGCCGGGGUUGGAUUCAGAGAGCUUUCUUUGGCUUUCUAGUGUUACAGUGCACGAUCCACUCUUUAUCCUCCCGGUCUCAACGGGCCUGCUAAUGCAUUAUACAUUCAAGCUCGGAGGCGAGGUGUCUGCUUCGACUGAUCAAACCGCGAUGGCAGCCAGGCCCCUCUUACUCUACGGCCUACCCGUCCUAUCAACAGUGUGCACAUUAUUUCUACCAGGAAUUCUUCAAAUCUUCUUCGCCUCAACCUCCGUCCUAGCAAUCCUGCAAUCCUACGCCUUUCACUCCUAUUCCUUCCGUCGGGCCCUUGGAAUGUCCCCAUUCCCUAAGCGCCCUGACUAUUCCUCCAACACCCCAACCGGCUCAAAAGUGCGCAUCAUUGAAGCCCCGCGAGAUAACUCGACAGCGUCCUCACACAUCGAGCAAGUGCCCAAAGUCAGCUUUAUAGAUCGAUUCAUCUCCAGUUGCCAAAACUCUAUAAAAGACACAAGGAAGAAGAUGGAGGAUGUAGUCAGGCAGAACCAGAAAGUGGAGAAGUUUGCUGAUGGCACGCCUAAGGUACGUAUGACUAAAAAGCAGCUUCAGGAUGCUGUUGCCUAUGAGAAUAAGCGGAGGGAGGAGCUUGCUCUGGAGCGGGAAACGCGAAAUAAGGAGCGACAGAUGGAGUAUAGGCGGAAGGUCGCGGAGAAGAAAAGGAAGCAGAAAGAGAUAUGA